CGGGCCACGCUUUGUUCGGCGGGCGGGAGCCAGGCGCGGCGCUUUGUCCCGCCGGGAGCGUGUCCGGCUCUGGGUUUGAGCCAUCGUCCGGGCCAGGAUGAGCUGGAGUUUCCUGACCCGGCUCCUGGAGGAGAUCAACAACCACUCAACCUUUGUGGGCAAGGUCUGGCUCACUGUCCUCAUCAUCUUCCGCAUCGUGCUGACUGCCGUGGGCGGCGAGUCCAUCUACUACGACGAGCAGAGCAAGUUUGUGUGUAACACGCAGCAGCCGGGCUGCGAGAACGUCUGCUACGAUGCCUUCGCACCCCUUUCCCAUGUCCGCUUCUGGAUCUUCCAGAUCAUCAUGGUGGCCACGCCCUCCGUCAUGUACCUGGGUUUCGCCAUGCACCGCCUUGCCCGCGGGCCGGAGGGCCACCGGCGGGGGGGCAGGGGCCAGCGGGUGCGCAUGCCCGUGGUGCGGCGGGGUGCCGGGCGGGACUACGAGGAGGCAGAGGAGGAUAACGAGGAGGAUCCCAUGAUCUUCGAGGAGAUCGAGGUGGAGAAAGAGAAGGGUGGGGAGGGGGGUGAGAAACACGAUGGGCGCCGGCGGAUCCGCCAGGAUGGGCUGAUGAAGGCCUACGUGCUGCAGCUCUUGUGCCGCUCGGUGCUGGAGGUGGCCUUCCUCUUCGGGCAGUACGUGCUGUACCACUUUGAGGUGAGCCCCUCUUAUGUGUGCAACCGCAGCCCCUGCCCGCACAUCGUCGACUGCUUCGUCUCCCGGCCCACCGAGAAGACCAUCUUCCUGCUCAUUAUGUACGCGGUCAGCGGGCUCUGCCUCUUCCUCAACCUGCUCGAGCUCUGUCACCUGGGGAUCGGCCGCAUCCGGGACUUGGUGCGCCAGAGCAGCGACAGCCCGAGCCCCCACGACAGCCACUCUGGGCCGCACUAUGCCAAGAAGGCCCCCAGCGCGCCUCCCACCUACCACUCGCUGAAGAAAGAGCCCCCCAAGGGCCAGCUGGCCAACGGGAAGCUGGACUACAGCGGGAACCUGGCCAGCUCUGCAGCCGAGCGCUCCCGCGAGCACGAGCUGGACCGGCUGCGCAAGCACCUCCGCAUGGCCCAGGAGCACCUGGAGAUGGCCUUCCAGCUGAACCCCCCGCUGGAGACGGCCAGCCCCUCGCGCAGCAGCAGCCCUGAGGCCAAUGGUCUCGCUGCCGAGCAGAACCGCCUCAACUUGGCCCACGAAAAUGAAGGGUCUGCUUGCGAGAGAACCACAGGAUUGUGAGCGGCUGGGCCCCUCAGCGGCUGCAGAGAUGGUGACAGGGAAUGGCUGGGACUGGCAAUAUGCUCCUGAGGAGACCACUGGAACCUGGACAGCCUGUGCUGAGGAAACGGGGGGUGGGGGGGUGGACGACACAGGGUUGGGGGCUGAGCUUCUGAGGAGGGCUGGGCUGGGAAGCCCUCUGCCUCCUGUGGGGCUCCAGCAGGGCAGGUUGGCAUGGGGAGGUGACUUGUGGGGAGGAACAUUCCUUCACUUUUCUCACUUUUUUUAGAAAAGGGAAUCUUUUAUUUUUGUACUUUUUAUAAACUUGUCAGUGCAUAUCCCCAGCCCCCGCCCCAAACACCUGCGGCCCUCCUCCCCACUGGGACCUUCAGUCAGACCCUUCCCAGCCGUGUGACACACACACACACACACACACCCUGCCCUGCCCGCAGUGAGGGAUGCUGCACUGUCAUGGGAAAGGGCUUGUGUGCAGUCGCUUGGAGGCAGUUGCUUUCCCACGGUGGCAGGGAGCUGUCUCAGAGUGGGAAUCCUAUGGGAUCCAGCAGGUCUGGGCCUAUGUGCACCAUCCCCUUGGGGUCCUUCCUCCAAGCUGGGUCUGACAUCUUCAUCUCGAUCUCGUGGCUGCAACCAGCCUGGGGGAGCCAAGCCAGUGGAGAUGCCUACCCAGAGUUGCAGGCAGACUGGUUCGCACCGAGCUUUAAAUAUGGGGCAUCCAUUCCCUGUGGGGGGAGGGGAGCUGGUUCCCAGCUGAGCUGCAAGUGGGAAUGGCCAGUCUCUGCGCAGGAGAGCCCUGGUCCCUGGGUUUUUGUCAGGGGGCCUGUUCCAGACAGGGCCCCUGGGUGUCUCCUCCACCUAAUGCUCAUGCUCUCUGGAUUGGCUGGUGUGGGGGUUGUAGGUUAGCAAGAGGCUGAGCAGGUCUCUGGGGGGUGAAUAGGGCACUACGAGGUGAGGGUUUACAUGCUACCCAGCGGGAGGGCAGAGGCCGCGCUGAGGGGGCAGCUGUGCUGUAAACUCAGCCCCAAGGGCCAAAGACCCACACUGAUUGUAAAGCAGCUUGUGGACGCAGCGGCACAAGCCCCCCCCCCUCCUCCCCCCCCACGUUGCACACGUAGGUACGAACUGCCAGGCUGGGGGCUCUGCCCAGGUCCUGGUGUCUGAUUUGCACGGGGAAGAGGGACUGGCAUCUCCGGCUCCCUGCCAGCGGGGCCGGUGUGGCAGGGGCCCUGACCCAGCCUGUUUCCUUCACUUCCCCUGCCGGCAGCUUUGCAUCUGGCUGGCUGGUGCUUGGGCCAAAGCUGAUUCGGUUACAUUCCAAGACUCAGGCAUCCCGGAGGCAUCUGCUUUCCUGUCUGGGGCAUGGCGCGGCAAACGCGGGUUCCUGUGCUGUGGCAGAGCCUGCAUGCCUUCGGACAGUCCAGAACCAGCUGGGAAAUGCUGGGUGUGUCUGAUCAUCUCAGCCUGGGUCACGUGAUUAUUUUGUGUCUUUGCUUUUUACUCAAAUGAUUAUGAAGUUUUUAUAUUUUAGUAAAACUUGGAGAUGUUUUGUA